GCUGCCCGAAGCGUGCGCGCUGACCGCGCUGCUGCCCGAAGCGCCCGUGCUGGCCGCGCCGCACUGCGUCGAGCUAGCCGUCGCGCUGCUGCGGCCUGCGGCCCUCCGCGCUCGAGCCGUUGACGCCGUUACUUAUCAUGACCACAGCUUGUCAUGACAUGUUCCACACAGAUUGUCACGACAUGUCGCAACCAGCCUGUCACGACAUGUCCCACACAGAUUAUCAUAACAUGUUGUGGCACCCGCUGGACACGCCGCAGGAGCAGCCGCGUGCCGGCCGCGCCGCGCGCCACGCCGCUCUGCACCGAGCUGGCCGUCGCGCCGCUGCGGCCCGCCGCGCUUGAGCUGCCACCGCCGCCCACGCGCGGGCACCGGCAGCUGGCGCCGCUAGGCGCGCUGCACUCCACGCACCUCUGCACGCUGACUAUUUUCGGCUCUGCUGACACAAGAAAUCAUCAUACAGUACAUCUAUACACCAUCAUACAGUACAUCUAAU